AUUACUAGCAGAACUUACAACAAGUAGGGCUUGGUGUCAUUCCUCUAUAAAAUUAGCGAAACUUUAUAAGCUGGUAUGUUCACAGGAUCCCAGAUUUAGAACUGGAACGAACCUCAGAGACCAUCGAGUUCAAUCCCUCCCUUUUACAGAUGAGGAAACUGAGGCCCAGUGACCUACCCAAGGUCACAUGGGGAGUAAACAACACAGCGGUAUGUUAAACCUCUAAAGACUCUUCCAGCUCGAAAACUUUUUUUUAAAUAAUUUUUAUUGAUCUCUUUUGUGUUAACAGCGAGUAAAUUUCCCCCUAUCCUUAGAACUUUGAGCUAGCUACACUAUCUAUUAAAGCCUUCUAAUCAGAAGAUUAUGGACGCCAACAAAGGGAAAACUACUGGGCGUGGACAAAACCCCAGAUCCGUCACUGAGUCGGCAAGCGGUGAGUUGAACCUGCCCUUCCAGUCCUUGGCCAUCUGGGGUAGGCGUUCUUACCCCAGUGCUAAGUCUGGGAUCCUGGAAGGCUCGUAAGCCGGCGAACUGUGUAAAAUCUUUGCAAUGAGUUGCAGUCCAAGUUCUGAGGAGUGGGCGCAGUAGGCACCCUCUUGGGUUCGCUGUCGGCCAGAUAGCGCACUGGUCAGAACCUCACUUUCACUUUAGGAUUCUGGAGCUCCGGAGCCGCAGUUUUGAGGGCGAGACGGUCUCCAGGGCGUGUAGCUGUGGCAACUGUUGCAUUAGGAAUUACAAACUGUGCUGUUUCUGCGUGUCCCCUGUGGCACAGCUCGGUGGCCGAUAGCAGAGCGCUGGAUGCCCAAGCCACGCGCCCCGAACCAGAGCUGAGGAGCAGCAAAGGAUAGAGCCAUGAUGUAGAAGACCAAACCCAGGCUUUUUCAAACUUCAUUAUUACGGUUAGUUAUGCAGACUGUGGAGGUUUGGGAAGAGAAGUUUACUCUGUCAUCUGCAAAAGCCUUUCAACUGUGGAUAGUUCCACUGGUGACUAAAGCCUUCCAUUCUGGGAGAUCAGCUUCUACCACUGGGUAGUAUGAAACCUCCAUGUUGGAAAGAUUCACAAGACUGAAAGAUGCAAUUAAAGAUGACCUUGAAAGCAGCAUGGUUUCUUCUUGAAAAGAGCUAAAUCCAUAUAGCCCCAAUACAGCCUUGCCUUGGAAUGACAGUGUGUAAGACAUCGGCUCAAAUCAUUCAUCAGAUUGAAGAGGAAUUAGAUGAAGAUGAAAAGGAGGUGAUUCUCUUCCUGUGCCGUGAUCUUGCCCCAGACUUAGUCACAAAGUUGGACUUACGGAAUCUUCUGUGCACCUUGAAUGAGAAGGGGAAGCUGUCUCCUGCUGGUCUGGCAGAAUUGCUGUACAGAGUAAGGAGAUUUGACCUGCUGAAGAAGAUAAUGAAAACAGACAGAGCCUCUGUGGAAGCCACCCUGGUCAAGUGCCCACAACUGGUUUCUGGCUACAGGGUGCUGAUGACACAACUUAGUGAAGAUAUGGACAAAUCAGAAGUGACUUCAUUCAGUUUUCUCCUAAGAGAUUACAUGGGAGGAGGGAAGACACACAAAAACAAGAGUUUCUUAGAUGUUGUUAUUGACCUAGAGAAGGUAAACUUGAUUGCUCCUGACAAGUUAGAUUUACUGGAAAAAUGUCUGAAGAACAUUCACAGGAUAGAUCUGAAGAAAAAAAUUCAGAAAUAUAAACAGUCAGCUUUGGGAGCAAACUAUGUAAAUGGAAUCCAGGCUUCCCUACCAAGUGUAGGUCUGAUGAAUUCUGGUUACACCUUGGAGCUCAAGAAUGGGACGAGUAAGGAGAAAACACCGAUCUUUGGACAGCAUGGAAUUUCAACAGAACCAGUUAAAACAUCCAUUCAGGAAUCUGAAAAAUCCUUGCCUCAGGUGACUGGUGAGGAAUACAGACUAAAGAGUCAGCCAUUGGGAAUCUGUUUAAUAAUUGAUUGCAUUGGCAAUGAUUGUGAUCCACUUAAAGACACAUUUAUUUCCCUGGGUUUUGAUGUUCAGUAUUCCAAAUACCUGAGCACAGAAGAAAUCCACCAGACUCUUUAUCAAGUUUCCUGCCUUUCCAAGCACCAAGAUUAUGACAUCUUUGUAUGUAUUCUGAUCAGCCGAGGUGACUCUGAGAACAUUUUUGGGAUAGACCAGCCUUGCUCAGGAUUCCCUCUGCAUCAGAUCAGGAAGUUUUUCACUGGGGAUGCUUGCCCUUUGCUUUUAGGGAAACCAAAACUCUUUUUCAUCCAUAACUAUGUGGUACCAGAGGACCACAAGGAGCCAAACAGUCUCUUAGAAGUGGAUGGUGGGGGUUGCAAAGUGUCUUAUAAUGGAUGGAGACCCAGGAACUCUACUAUUCAUCAAGAAGCCGACAUCUUUUGGAGUUUGUGCAAGGUGAAUGUUUCUGUGCUGGAGAAGUCUCCCAGUUCACCAUCCUUCUACCUGCGUUGCCUCUCACAGCUCCUGCAUCAGCCUAAGGAGAGAAGAUGCUCGCUUUUGAAUCUCCACAUCGAUCUCAACAACAAAAUCUAUGACUGGAACAGCAGAGUGGCCCCCGAAGAGCAGUACUCUAUCGUAUCCGAGCAUACUCUGAGGAAGAGUAUUUUUCUUUCCUACGGAUGAAGGGAAAAAAAAAGAGCUACCACGAUCCAUGUUCAGAGAUAGGACCUCCACGUCAUCUGUGUGUAGUUUUCUUCAGUGUCUUGUAUGUGUGUAUGUUGGUGUGGUUGCUGUGGGAUGAGGUCUUGGUCCUUGGGGAAGUGCCAUAUUGAAGGUAUAGAAAUAGGGCCUUUGAAUACUAAGUGGUGUUUUAUCAUAUGAAACCAGAGAAUAGAAAACUAAGGAAUAAGCAAUGCAAAUGUGAAGUAUGGUCUCCUUCAGUCUUCAUUGCUUAUCCAGUGUCCUAGGGAAUGAUGGCACCACAUUCUACUGCUAACUAGUGGUGACUUUUCUUUCGUUUUAGGAACUAGAUGUAGUCUAAAGCCCUAAAGCUGGAAUGUCUAAUUGUUUUUGUCUUUUCUAGGGAAAGUACUUAUCAAUUGAGGGUUUGCCUGGUGUGUUUGCAGGCUAUAUCUAUGUCUGUAUCUUUGUACAAGGGUUGCAAACCACCUGCAGAAGGGAUGGAAGAAGGAUCUUCUGUUCCGGCAGCCUUUUACUAUAUCAGUAAGCUCAGAAAGGAGUGCAUCAAUAAUUAUGCUCUUGUUUCUUUUUAUUCAUGUAAAUAUAAUCUCAGGAUUAUAUGACCCACUGACUCAUCUUCAGGCACUCUUGAGAAACCAAAAUAAAACCCGUUUAUAGUCAUUUUUUUAAAAAGGUGUUGCAGCAGAGAUGCAUUACAUUUAACUUGUCAAGAUAGUUACAGAAAGUGUACUCUUUAAUAUUUAUUUAUGCUCUUUUUUAGCUUUAUGUAAUUUCCCACAAUUAAUCACAUAUUAAGUACCUAUUAUAUGCCUAGCUCUUUGGAAGCCUCGAGCAAAGUAGAUCUUGAAAACAUGUAAUGGUUCUAAACAAUGGUAUUGGUGAGGAGGGGCAGUUGCAAAGUGGUAAGGAGAAUAAAACCUCAAACUAAAGCAAUUUAGACAUUUAUUAAAUCAUCAGGCAGAGGGGGAGAGCUGUAAAGGAGUGGCUCACUCGCUUUUAGUGUCUGUAAGUUACACAUCAUAUAGGAUUCAAACAAAGGAAACAGCAGGUGAUUGACCAUCCCAGAUAAGCUAUGUGAGUUACUUGAGAUGAGAGAAAACGCCUCACAUUUCAUGCAUCGGUCUUCAGAGCUGACUGGGUUUCUGCUUAGCAUAAUCUAGACCCUGAAUUAAACUUUCAACAAAUCUGGUCUCCAAAUGGCAGUUCUCAUUUCUCAGCCACCCAGGGCUAGGUUCAAACCAUGUAAUAAAGUUUUCCCACAGUGGCAAAUUUGAGCUUGAUGUAAGGGGGAAAAAUUCCCUAACAGUGAUUUAUUGCCAAAUGGAAAGUGGGAGGGAAUGGAUUCCCCAUCAGUGAUGGUCUUCAAAUAAUAACUCAGGUAUAUUGUGCAGGGGUUCAUUUUUAUUUGUGAGUUGUACUGAGGGCCUCUGAAGUCCCUUUGCCAACUCUGCAUUUUGCCAUUCUAGGUGAUUCCUUCUUUGUACUGAACAUUGAAUUCCAAACUUUGUUCGCUUUUUUUUGUAGGAGGUACAUAUAUGCUAAGUGCCAUUGCAUUACUGAAUCUGAGAGAUAGAAAGUGUUCUCACUUCUUAUCAUGAACCAGGACCAUGGUACACUGGCUCCCAGCCAGCUUUCUUGCCUCUCUAAGUCAUACCAUUGGGACGUUAGUGAAAUUCAGACAAGAGAUCUGCACUCAGAGCCCAUUGAUCCUGGAACCCUAAACCAGGGAUCCCCAACCCCAGCACUUGUUGGAAAGUUCACCCGAGGCCCAGUUUUCUCUAGCUGGUGAUGAACUUGCAGGUCUGCUUCUCAGGCCCUACAUGUCAAGGAGAAAAACAGUCUGGUGGUAGAGAAAAUAUUAUUUGGAGGACACAGCUGAACCAACCUUCAAAAAAUGUUAUUGUCAGUAUUUUUCCAUGAGCAGCCUCCCUUAAGGGGAAACUGUCAUGAUGGCUUUAAAACUAUCAGUCCUAAUCUUAUAACAAUGGUUUCCAUGUAUAGAUUCUAUAAGCUACAACCUUCCUUAAGGAGAAACUGUCAUGGUUGUCUAGACCACCAUGCCUAAUCUUAUAAUGAAGGUACAGAAGCAGGGUUGUAAAUGAGGAAACUUUGCCACUGAGAGAGUUGACUGUAGACUCUUUCUUGGGAAUCAACACCCCUCCUCUCCUCUACCACUACCUUGCAUCCUUUCCUGACCUGUUCUUGCUGUGAGCACUUUUUUUUUUCAGCCAAAGAUAAGGUUUAUUAGAACAUCUGUCAUAUUGGGCAGACUCUUAAGAAAUAUGGA